CCAGCGCGUGGGUUCCAGGUGUUUCGUCAGGCGGGCCCAGGGUGAUGAUCCGUCGCUCCAGAGUGGUCGGAACGCUCUCGGAGCGGUCUGGUUCGCUUGGAGGCCCGCCGGCUCUCCAGAGUUGUCCUCAUUCUGCCUUCGUUUGUGUUCCACGUUCUGCGGCGCGCACACAGGGGUGGCGCGAGGGGGUGAUGGGCCAAAGUGAAGGGGGCCAUCUCGGCGGUCAUCUGCACGCUGGUGACGGCUGGCUGGGACGUGCCAGCGGCCGUCGAGUGGCAGUCGGACAUCGACGAGCUGUGGCGGAUGGGCGACUGCGCUGAGGUCGAUGACGCCGAGCUCUUGGACGAGGUGAUGGCCAGCAUCCAAAGGGCAUGGUGGACCAAAGCUGCUCAGCAUGACGCCGGAUUUGGGCUGGAAGAUGGGCCUGGCCUCUACCAGGCCCAGCGCCAGUUUGGUCCGCCUCCAACGUGAGGGCGACCACAAUACCUGGGCCUUGCAGCUGCAGGUGAUGACGGGCGGCUGCUGGCCGCGCGUGAAACAGAAGGAGCGGGGUCUCGCCGACUCGAAGCUCCGCCCGCGUUGUGGGCAGAAGGAGGCCCUGCUGCACAGGGUCUGGACGUGCCCGUGCAAUGUUGGGCACGAGGACUACACCUCCACGCAGGGUCUCCUUGAGAAGGCCAUCGAGGGGCACGAGACGGUGCCGUGACUCUGGCUGCGUGGCCUCCCUCCUGCCAGCUGGACGAGGUGCCAGUACCCUGAGGGCGCCGCCAAUUUCGAGCAGAAGACCGGCAACUGGGGCGACGUCGACCUGCAGCGCGGUGAUGAUUGUUUCCUAGACGUCUUCGGCGACGGCGCGGGCAGCGAGCUCAGCUUGGACCCCAGGCGCAGGAAGUGUGGCGUCGGAGUCGCGAUCAUGGAGGCCUUCGCAAUGGAUGUAGACACCGCCCCGAGGCCUGUGGCAGGCAUCGUGGCCAGCUUGCCAGAGCCUAAGCAGACGGUCCCGAGGUCGGAGCUCCAGGCUUUCCUCCUCAGCCUGCGUUCCACCGCGGGCGGCCUCCGCUACCACACGGACAGUAUGCCGUUUGUGAGUGGC